AUCGAACAGCUCGAGCAAGUAGACAGACGAGUCAGUCAGACAGGCAGAACAUGAACCAACACACGCUUAUGCUGCCACGGGUCCCAUCAAGGUGACCUUCCUGGACAAAUUUUCCAACUAAAUUCACUUUCUCACAGUUGUUUUUGACACGCCGGCAUCGACAGUAGUUAUUCCUUCAGUGGGUAGCCAGACUACUGGAACCAACGAUUAUCCACCUCAUUAUCCAGCACUUGGAUUCUGUUCGAGUAUUGGAGCAAUCGAUAGUAGUACGUUUUCCCUGUCCGCGAGAAGGAAACCCAUUUUUGUUUCCAUAACCGUGAAGUGUCAUUUUCUACCGAGUGAUCUUAGCAGUAUCAUCUACACGUUGGAAAAGGUUAAGACUGCAAAAUCAAAAUAUAAAUAUUUUCUUUGUCCAAUUGCCAUACCUCCAAGUGACGGCUACACAAGUGAGAAACAACAGGAGUUUAUCAAUCGCGGUCGUGUUCAAUAAAGUAGAGUAACAAAACGGUCUCAAUCAACAACAGCUUAUAAGUAGUAGAAGGAAAAAAAAUCUAUCAGGAAAUCGCAUUUCGCAGAAGAGGUGGUUUAGUGUUGAGCUAAACCUUGCAGCAACUAGAAGGCGCUAAACAGGAGCCUGAUAAAUAAAUUUACAGUGUGUGAAAGUCUACAGAGUUUGUUUAGAGCAACUAUCAAGACGCCCACUGGACAUCCGAGAAGAUGGAUUUGGUCAAACCUUUUAUUAAUUUACACGUGGAUGGAGUCAGCAAAGAAAUCCGUGAACAAUGCCAGGAGCUGAUAUUGACAGACAGACAGGUUGAGGAACUGAUGCGACGGGUUCUCAUCGAAAUCAACCGUGGCCUGCGAAAGGAAACACAACCGACGGCAGAUGUCAAGUGUUUCAUUACCUACGUUCAGGACCUACCAAAUGGAAAAGAAAAGGGCAAAUUUCUGGCACUCGAUCUUGGCGGUACCAACUUUCGAGUGUUGCUGAUUCACCUCAAGGAUGAGCAUGACUUCGAGAUGCUGUCGAAAAUCUAUGCCAUUCCACAGAGUAUUAUGCUUGGCAGUGGGACCCAGCUAUUCGAUCAUAUUGCGGAGUGUUUAGCCAAUUUCAUGAAGGAACAUUCAGUGUACGACGAGCGGUUACCUCUGGGCUUCACAUUUUCAUUCCCACUGACACAACUCGGUCUGACCAAGGGUAUUCUGGCUCGAUGGACGAAAGGGUUCAAUUGUGAAGGUGUCGUCGGUGAGGAUGUAGUUCAGCUGUUGAAAGACGCCAUUGCCAGACGAGGGGACGUUGCAAUAACUGUGAUGGCAAUCUUAAACGACUCCACCGGAACGCUUAUGUCGUGUGCGCACAGUAAUCGCAAUUGUAGAAUAGGAGUGAUAAUUGGAACCGGCAGUAACGCAUGCUACGUGGAAAAGGUAGAAAACUGCGAAAACUUCGAUGGCUACAAGGAUCCUAGCAAGAAACACGUACUAAUCAAUACCGAGUGGGGUGCAUUCGGUGACAACGGUGCGCUGGAUUUUGUGCGGACAGAGUACGAUCGCGAGAUCGAUAGUCACAGUAUAAAUCGAGGCAAACAGAUACAGGAAAAAAUGAUCUCCGGAAUGUAUAUGGGCGAGCUGGCUCGCCUAGCCAUCGUAAAAUUCACCAAAGCCGGUUUACUGUUCGGUGGAGUCGGUUCCGACAUUCUGUUCAAGCGCGGCCAGUUCUUCACUAAAUAUGUGUCAGAAAUUGAGUCUGACAAACCUGGAACCUACAACUACUGCCGAGAUGUGCUGGAUGAGUUGGGUCUGGAACACGCAACUGAUGAGGAUUGUGCGAACGUACGCUUCAUCUGUGAGUGCGUAUCGAGCAGAGCCGCACAUCUCGUGUCCGCCGGAAUUGCUGCCCUCAUUAAUAAAAUGGACGAGAAAAGUGUAACGGUCGGUGUUGACGGUUCCGUGUAUCGUUUCCACCCAAAAUUCCAUGAUCUGAUGACGCAGAAAAUCAGACAAUUCGUCAAACCUGACAUUAGCUUCGACCUGAUGCUGUCAGAGGAUGGUUCCGGACGAGGUGCGGCACUGGUUGCCGCCGUUGCCUGUAGAGAUGCACACUAAAGUGUACUGUUCUUAACCCUGAUCAACACAAAUUCACCACUACUGCACUAGUAAUUUAGAAAAUAAUUGUAAACAAAACAAAUAAUACACAAACAGCAGGAAAACAAAAAAAAAAAUAGAAUAAAUGAAGAUACAUUGAAAUAAUUGCCAUAGUAAGUUGAAGGGCAUGCAGAAAAGUCAACUGAAAUCACGGGAAAAAGUUGCAAGAAUGAUUAACAGAAAGAUAAGGUACAUUAGAUAAUCAACUAACUGGAAACAGAAAUAGGCAAAACAAAGCAUUAUGAAUGCAAGGUGAAAAAAGUUCUCCACAUGUUGAGUUUAGUUGUACAUUAAUAAAUUUUAAGAAAUUUUAUUAUAAUAAACCAUUAUACAGGCAAUUCAAAAUUGACACCUUUAACGAUUAGGAGGAAAUCAAUUAUAUUCGUAUCAAUUUUAGUUUGAUCUUUACACAUAACAACGGCUGAUGAUUAGAAACUGUCACUCUAAUCUAUUUUGACCUUAGACAUCGUUGUGAUUCUAUCUAUUGUAAAUAUAAAUUUCUUUCAAAUUAAAAUAAUGCAAAGGCUCCUCCAUUCGAGCCGACUGUUUUACAUAUGGCCGCAUUGCAAACUGAUUUCAGAGCGAAUGGAAAAUUGUAUUCCUACGACUAAAUAUUUGUUCUGAUUUAUUUUUUGUUUGUAGGGUAUCGCUUUAACUAGAAUAGAGUAGCCUGUUUAAAGCGUUUUCUAACAUAAGAAGCUGUUCAUUGAUGAUAAAAAAGUUCAAAAAUCAUUCGAAUAAACUAAUACCUCUCCAUGGUUUAAUUUUUCGUAUACCGUACAGUUGAGGUUGGAUCAUUCAGUUUUUAGUGUCUUAGUUACUAUUUUAUUUUUCUUUCGAACGCAUGAAGUCACGAACAUCAGUCAAUCGAGUUGCGGUUAAAUUUGUGAAAAUGGAGAAACAUAUGUUUCAGUUUGAAGAAUGGGAUAAGAACUAAGGUAAUAAUUUAAAUUAUCUAUAUCACUAAUAGAAACAAAACAAUAGUAAAGUGUACAUUAAUAAAAUAACAGAAAAAAUUACAACAGUUAUUUGUAAUUUGGAUAACAAAUAAAAGGUAUCUAUUAUAAUACUGUUGACAGUAAAAAGAGAAAAAUAAAAUACUAUUGAGCUAGUAGAUUAUAA